UCAAAUAGCUUGGCACAUCGCUCGCUCGCAUCACGCACACUUCAAACUCCUUUUCCUUUGAUUUGACAUUCACUGUCUCUCCAUUACCUGUGAAUCAUCACCACACCUGAACGCAAGGGUCAUCGCACUCACCAGAUCCCCUCCUCGCCUCCUUGAAACGCUUGCAUCUGGUCAGUCUCUCUGACGCCACAAUCCCUUCGCGUCCCUUCAACAAACCCAUCCGAAACCGAGCACAUCUGACAGCCACAACAUCGCCAGAUCUACACGAUGUCUAACCAACAAUACUACGGCGGAGGACCACCACCUCAGCAUUAUCCUUCCCCGCAAAAUCCUCAGCAAUAUCCUCCUCAAGCCUAUGGCCAGCAGCAAUAUGGAGCUCCCCAGCAAUAUGGAGGUCCCCAGCAAUAUGGAGCUCCCCAGCAAUAUGGAGCUCCCCAACUAUAUGGUGCUCCCUCGCAACAGCCAAAUAUGAACACUCAACAACCACAAAAUUCAGAAAUAAACCAAAGGAAGAGCGGUGGUAAAGGUUGCCUCGGUAGCUGUCUCGCUGUAUUGUGCUGCUGCUGUGUCAUCGAAGAGGGAUGCGAAGCCUGCGCCGAUUGUGCCGAAUGCGCCGAGGGCUGCUGCUAAACGACUCAAAAACCAACGCCUGUAUCAACUCCAAUGUGUGCGAUCGCGACGAAAACAUGGACAGCGGCGGUGGGAUAUGAACUGACGGGAAGGUGAAGGGGAGAUGGAUGCGAUGUGCGAUAUGUGGAAUAGAGUGCGUUCGACGGGUUUUCUCCUUUACGGCCUCAAUACUGCAACCUGACAUUCUGACAUUCUUGCCUUUGAAAGUUUCGGUGGCUUAGUAGUCUGGUCAUAUAAUGCGAUG